AUGGUAGCUAAUACAAAUGGAAUAGUGAGUUGUUGCCAAGAUUUUGGAGUCUAUUGCAUCACGUAAUUAGAGAUUAAAUAUCAAAAGUUUGUUCUUAGCAGUUGGGAUUUGUUAAUUUAUUAGAAGAAAGAAAACUUAUAAAUAGGCUAAAAAAAGAAAAAACAUUAUCUAUAUUUUAAUUAUCUUGUGCUUAACUUGUAACAUAAAACAUAAAAUGUAGGCAAUAUUAUAUUUAAUUUGGCAUAAAAAACAAUGUUGGUUUUUUACUUUUUUUAAUUAUAUGUCUAUUAUGCAUUUUUAAUCUAUAUUGUAUUUUAUUUUGCUCGUAAAACUUUAAGUGUUAGAACUUUUAAACCUUAUCAGAUUUUAUAAUUGAAGAUUUAUUGCAUCUGCUUGAUUUCACUAUUCACUAUAUUUUUGAUAUGGAAUUUGUAUGAUUACAUAACUAGUUUAUCCUAAUCCUAUUCGCUUUGUCAAAAAUAGAUAUUUCAUAUUAUCAGAAUGAUUGGAUUUAUAGUGAAUCUAGUUUUGAUUGCAGUUGCCCGUUCUUUGAAUCUAAGCAUUAAAAGGAAUCUAGAAUUAAAGUCAACCAUACUGAAAAACUUUGUCAAUUUUGAAGAAAACUGUAAGAAAAUUAAUCGAUAAAGAAUAAACUUUUGGAUCCUUGUCUAUGUUACAUUCUUUGGUUAAUUGCUCUACUUCAUCGAGGAUAUAUACUUCUUAGUUCAAGGGCCAACGGAGACUUGCCAUCUAUAUCUAGAUAUAAUUCAAAGUGAAGCUCGAAUAUUUCAAUACUGCUUGCUAUUAUUAGUUGUAUUAAUCCAAGUUCAACUCCCUUUUUCUGUAACAAUUUACGCAUUUUGGUUCCAAAAACCAGUCAUAAAACAAGAAUCUGAUUCGAUUGAAUUUGAAGAAGAUUACUUUAAAACCAUAAAAUUAUAAGAAAAACCCAAUUCCCAUUCCUCUGAAUAAAUUACAACAUUAAAAGAAUGA